AGCAGUGCGCACGAGCGAACACGUCGACCAUUCGAGAUCACACCACAACAGUCUCAGAACCGACGACCUUCUAGCAGAAAGAAUCCUUGCACCUCUUUCCUCUUCUCUCGGGGUCCAGAUCCGUACUUCCACCGCACCUUUAAACAGGCCGUAUACGUUCGAGUAUACAGCGAGGUGCCCACGAAGUCACCGGAUCUCUCCCCACGGCUCCUCUUUUGUGGCCUAUGAGCAGCUAUCUGUGGCAAGCCUUCUAUAAUGACUCGAUCGAUGCCUUCGAAAGGCAUCUCGAGGCCGCGGCGCACAACGUCCGCCAUGCGAAUGUGGGAAGAGGUGGCCUGUCGCAGGGAGUGGGAGCCUUGGUAGGCAGUCCGGAAUACUCUUCUUCCCCCAGCGCCCCAGGCAAGAGUAGGAAAUUCCAUACCCCGAAGACGCCCAAUGGUGGUCUAUUUGUGCUCAGUAAAGCCGAUAUCAAUGGACGAGACCCAGUUGGCAUGACUCUGCUGCACCAUGCUGCUUCUUCAAUGUCUGACAAUGCUGUCGCUUUUGCGACUGCUUUGGUGGAACACCCGUACAUUGAUCUCUACAUUCAGGACCUCGAAAAUGGCUGGACCGCACUGCAUCGCGCAUUCUACUUUGGCAAUAUUACGAUAGCUCGGCUUAUAUUGGAGCGCGACAAUGGCAGCAUCUUUGGUUCGAAGCAAGUCAAUCAGCUUCUCAAGAUCAAGGAUCGUGAAGGAUUGGGGCCUCUUGAUCUGUACGCGGCUACCAUCAAGGAUCGAACUCUCCGACCCGCGGAAGCCGGGCGUCGACGCUCGAAUUCGAACGCAAGCGACGAGGAUGCUGCUGGGAGCGAUGGCGACGAGGCUCCGACAGCCCGCAAGAUCCCCUUUACGGAGAUCGGCGGCGAUCAAUUGUUUUCCUUCGGCUCAGGGAACAAUAAUAACCUUGGACUGGGCGAUCAGGACGACCGAGCUUUUCCGGAGCGUGUCAACCUGAAGCGGCCUGAGCAUCUAUUGAAACGGUUCUACAAGGAUUUUGUCGCACAGCGCGAUGCCAAAUGGUCUGUACAUGACCCUACAUAUCAUCGCGACGCGAUUGACAUUCGUGGAAUGUGGGUCGAGGACAUGCCAUGGGUUGUGCGAUCACGCCCACUCGUCAUUCAAGAUGUCUUCAUGUCGAAGCUCCACAGCGCAGUAUUGACCACUGAUCCGGUAUCAAAUUUGUACAUGUGCGGCCAUGGUCAAGGUGGUCGCUUAGGUACAGGCGAUGAGCGUACGCGCUUUCAAUAUGUGUGCAUAGAAGCUGGCGGCUUAUCUGGCAAGCGCAUAGCAACUGUCGCUCUUGGACAGAACCAUACCCUUGCGCUUGAUGAAGCGGGAGAGAUUUUCUCAUGGGGCAACAAUGGCUACGGGCAGCUUGGCUACAGUCUACCAAAGACUUCUGGGGACGAAGACCCUAUCUCUACGGUGCCCCGCCAAAUAUUUGGGCCGUUAAAGCGAGAAGCAGUACAGGGUAUCGCGGCCUCUCGUUUUCACUCUGUCACGCACACUUCCACAUCACUAUUCACAUUUGGCAAGAAUGAAGGGCAGCUAGGCAUAGUCGAUUCUGAUGCGCGGUCGUUAGAAUGUCAGGUAACGCCUCGGAAGGUCGCAGCAUCACUGUUCUCAUCGCCAAUCUGCGAAGUCGCGGCGAUAGACAGGGCAACGAUAUGCCUGCUUGAGAACCACGAUGUAUGGGUCUUCGCCAAUUAUGGAUACGCGAAGAUCCAAUUUCCUCUAGACGGCUUUUCAAACUACUUUCUCAAGCAGAGUUUCUUGGUCACUACAUACGAUGCUGCCCCCAACAGGGUCGUCAAGAUCACAGCCGAGGGAGACACGAUUUGUGCCAUGAGCAGUCGUGGCGAGAUCUUCACAGUUUCCAUUAGCCAGCGAUCGGAGGACAAAUCAAGCGUGUCCACCACGAACCCGGCCAAGAUCCGCAGCGCUAUAAGCCAGCCCCAGCGCAUUUGGUCGCCCAAGAAGAGCAACAUGGCUGCCCGGGAUGUCGGUUUGGAUGUAGAUGGCUCCAUCAUCCUAAGCACACACGAAGGCAGCGUCUGGAAACGGACCAGGCGGGCUAAAAUCAAAGACGCAACAGCUGUCGCUGCUACUGAAUAUCGGGCCAAGGACUAUAAAUUUUCGAGGAUCCCGGGAUUGACACGAGUACUAGCGGUGCGAGCUUCUGGCAGUGGCGCAUAUUCCGCCUUGAGAUAUGAUUGCGAUGUGCUCAGAAAGCAGAUUGUCAUUGAAGAUCCGUCAUUGUGGAAACAUCUUUUUCAGCUCUUCUCACUCGCUGGUCUUGGCGAUAACGAGCCCACCGAUGACGAAGAGACUAGGCCUCGCUUUUGGCAGGGCAGCAAAAGGCACGAUCAGCUUGCUGCGGUCAAGAAGGCUGUAUUGAGAAGUGUCGACAUUGACGCUGACCUUGCAAGCUAUUUCGAGCACGCCAUGGCAAGUUCUGACACCAAAUAUGAUGCUUUUCUGGCAACCACAAGCUCUAAAGUCCAGAUUCCGUUGCAUCGGUUCAUGCUCACAGCACGCAGUCGAAUUCUCAGACGAGGCUUUCGUGACUUGUGCGAGGCCAGCACCUUCACCAUUCCCGACCUGUGUCAAUCUGAAAUCGAUGAUAGCGGUCGACUUGUCAUAACCUUCCAUGGCAUGGACUUACUGACUAUGGUGGACUUGGCCAUGUAUUUGUACACCGAUGAUCUAGUGCCGUUCUGGAAUUUCACACGAGCAGCACCCAAGAUGGCCUACUCUUAUCGUCAGGUGCGCGCUGAACUCAUGAAAAUCUCCAGCAAACUGGAGAUGAGAGCGCUAGAGCCUGCGGUGCGCCAGAUGGUCACCCCUCGAGCGUGCCUCAAUAUGGAUCUGGAGGUAGCGUAUGCGGACCCUGCCUUCUUUUAUGACGCAGACAUUGUAGUCGAGCUCGCAGAAGACGAGAAUGUCAAAGUCCACAGUACACUCGUAUGCGCGCGAUGUCCUUUUUUCGAAGGAUUGUUUAUGGGCCGCUCUCGUGGAGCCUGGAUUGCGGGACGGUCUGAUGCGGAAAUCAUCAAGGUCGAUCUCAAACAUGUCAGCUUGAAGACAUUUGAGAUAGUAUUGCGUCACAUCUAUUGUGACACCGGGAGUGAAAUCUUCGACGACAUCGUGAGCACUGAUGUUGAUGACUUUCUCGAUACAGUGACCGACGUCCUCAGCUGCGCAAACGAGCUGAUGCUGGACAGACUGAGUCAGAUCGCACAGUCGGUUGCAGGACAGUAUGUUAACGCGCGGAAUGUGUGUGGUCUACUCAACGCAAUUUCGCCCAGCUCUGUCCGUGAGUUCCUGGACACUGGCCUGGAGUACCUGUGCCUGAACCUCGAAGCCAUGCUGCAGGGGCAUCAUCUCAACGAACUCGACCCCGACCUACUCGAAGAACUAGACGAGGUUGUACGCGCGAAUCAAUUGGCCUGUAUGCCGUUUGCGAAGAGUGGUCGAGCUGAGAUGUUACUUCAUGAACGACAUCCCGACCUAGCUGGUGCAAUUGAACUCAACAGACGCAGACGAAUAGAUGCAAUCGCACAUCGGUCAAAAUACCAUGACAUAGCCAUUUUCAGUCCGGGAUCUUUCGGAGAAGAUCUCAGCACAUCUCCCAUGCAGCAGAAGACUAGAAGACGAUCGUCGCAGAUACCCAAGGUGGAUGACGGUCGUGAACAGGUGCAGCCAGCACUUAGGGCCAAGGCAUCCGUAAAGGAUAUGAUGUUUGACAUGGACGAUGAGCAUGAUUCGCUCUCGCCGCGUCGGUCUCCAGCAAUCCGACCCUUGACGAGUCCUCGUGUUGUUGGGACGCUAUACCAGGACACGCCGCCCGAAGAUACGUGGUUCGACUCUCGUGGCAAAGCAUUGCUUUCACCGAAACUUGCCCCUCAAUCUACGACACCAAGUGCUAACCCGCCGAGAACACCCAAUUCACCACUACAGAGUGCGGUCUCUGGUAAGCCGUGGUCGCUCACGCCACUAUCUGGCAAAGUCGACCUUAGAGAUAUCUUGGAGCAGACUGCCUUGAAUCGUACCUCGACGCUUACCCAAGGUCUCGCGUCCACGGCGGGGCCUUCCCAGGACAUACCAGCUCCAUUCGCCCUGCCCGCGCCCCGGAUGAGUCAGAAAGAGCGGAAGCGCAUGCAACAAGCCCAGCAGCAGGGUGAUGCCUCAAUUGCUCCAGCCGCGCGUAUAGAUGCAGAGCCUACCAAGCCAUUCUCAUGGCAAGCUGUAUCGGCACAGAAGCGACCUACAGUCAACAAUUUGAUGGGGAAUGAGACAUCCGCACCUAGUGGCUUCCCUAGCAUGAGGUCCGCAAGCAGCACACCGCAGAUGACCAUGCGACAGACAGUCGCCAACCCGAAGGUCGUCAAUCAAGCGAUUGGUCACGUCGCAAACCAAGCGGGCGACACACCAGACAGUCAUCAAGCAUCGCCAUCUCUUAGACCUCGGGCUGGCGAUAGGGUCAAGGGCUCUGUUUCCUCAGCGCAAUCGAGUCUGAAUAGCAAGCCUAUACCACAGUCCAUCCGCCAUCAGCAGACAGUGGAAGCGGACUGGGGCCUUAGCAUGUCCGAGAUCGUAGCUCAACAGCAGAUCGAGAAGGACAUCGUCAAGGAGGCUGUGGCAAAGAGAAAUUUGCAGGAGAUCCAGGCAGAACAGGAAUUCCAGGAGUGGUGGAACAAAGAGAGCGCUCGGGUGCAGGCAGCUGCACAAGAAGCCACAGCACCGACGAAGGCACCUCGGAAGCACAGAGGACGAGGCGGCGCUCGGAGUAGAGGCGGCAAGGCGGCAGGCCAAGGGAACACCAAAAAUGGUGGUGGAGCCAGUAGUACUGCACAGCUUGCAGAGAAGCGAUAGAAGAUGAAUAGAUGAAUAGAUGAUACAA